CCCUUGCAGUGAAUUGAUAUUCGACCCUGCAUAAACCCAAACCCUUGUGCGAGAACCAGCAAGCUAGAGAGAGAGAGAGAGAGAGAGAUGGGAAAAGCAGCGAAGGAGAAGCUGAAUCGGACUCUGACCGAGCACCUCAACACCAUCCAUGAAACCCUUGAGGUAUUGGAUCAAACACCUGCUUCAUCUCUUGAUAAAGUCAGCUGGAAUGAGGUGAUUAAAAUGGGAGACCAAGUUUCCAAACAAGCUACUAUAGUUGGAAUGAUUUGGACUGGUGAAAGACCAGAAGUUAAAGAACUUGAGGAGAACAUGGCAGCAUACUUCAAUAUGCUACAGGGUUUCCUUCUGCUGUCCCAUGGUAGUAAAGUGGGUGCAGGACCUACGCUUUCUUCUUGCAUACAUGCAUCUGUGAAGCAAGUUGUUGAUUGCAGUUUCAUGCUGUUUAAAGAGUCUGUCUCUUCCUAUGGAUCUGUUAACAAAGACCAAAAACUCACAAUCCCUCCAUUAGUAGGCAAGGUAUGGGAUGCAUGUUCUGCUCUUAAGAAGACUCCUGCCACAAAUAUCACAGCAGUAGGCCGAGCAAUGACACAAGUUGCGGUUUCCAUGAAAGACGUUCUUCGCGAGAUGAAAGAACUCAAGCCAGCUUCUGAAGAGGCUUCUGUGAAAGACGAAAGCGAGCCCCAUGAUAGUGAUAAUUCAAUUGGAGGUGAUCUGGGCAAUGACCUGUCACCCGAAGAGAUGAAAAUUUCUCAAUUGGCUAUUGGGGUUGUUUCUGAAACACUGGAAGUCAUAAAGGAACUUAUCCGAUUCAUCACAGGUCUGCUCAAGCAGGAAAAUCAAGAUAACAGUAAUGAUUUUGUGAACCCAUUGGAGAGAUUGUUGAAGAUUUGCCAAGGAAUUGGAUUGCAGGUUGAUGAGCUUGGAGCUUGUCUUUAUCCGCCACAAGAAUUUCCUGCUAUGAAGUCAGCCAUGGAAAGUAUGUCAAGCAAUAUUGAUGAAAUGCAGGUGGAGAUAGAUAAUCUUAAAGGCUCGUCGCAAGCAUUCUCUCAAGCAUGCACUGGUGUAAGGCGUUCGUUGAGACAAAUGGAAUCUGAGCUAGGUUGUGUUACUCACCUACUGCCAGAAAUGCAGAACCUCGUUGUGAGCAAUUAGAGACAGAAUUUUUACUGAUCCACCUAUAAAUGGUGUUUUGUGGUUGAACGUUGCCAAGGUUUACUUUGCUGAAUCAUAUGUCUCAUAUAUUUCUUGUUUAGUGUAUAAAGGUGUAAUACUGAAUGUUCCAUUUUUGUCCUUGUGUUUUGAUCAAUUGUUGCUGAAUCCCAUUUUGAAUCUGUCAGAUUGAGAAAC